AGCUCCACCUAGAGGCCGGAAGAGUUACCGUGGCUUUUUAGAGCAAGAACUGUUGUUUGUGUACUUCAAGCUACUGAUGUCUACUCAUUCUCGAUAUAUAUAUCCACAGACACCGUCCUUUUAAUGUUUAAAUCGACAUUCAGAGUUAAAUCCGCGUAUAAUUAGCAUCGAACGUCGUCGUUUCAAUUCGCUUGUGUUGGGACUACUAGCGACGCCAAACGGAACUGCACGAGGGACACAAGAUGGACGCAAACUUUUGACUUUCUGUUUCUAUUUCGUUUCGCCUUUACUCGCACGAGAAACGCUUGUCUAGAUAUUGCCGCAUCCCUCGAGUCGACAGCGCGUGCUGUCGAGUGAAUUAUUAUCAUUCCAGUCAGAAGUCGGUUAAAAUCAGGCCUUCAGACCAACUCGCUGGCAGCCAUUCGUUUUCACAGCCCAACCUUUGCUGUCUUUAUGUGGAUUCGCUUCCUGGUUGCAACACAGUCACACAGUCCAAGUCCUUCAAAACGCAUUUCAGCCUGAGAGACUAUUCGUCGAACUUAUUAAUUAUCCUUAAAGCUUUCAAUAAACAUUUCAUGACUAUUUUACCGAAAAGACCGUAUCUUUUUAUUCGUUUACGUGGAAUGUCGUGAGCCACCGAGUACUAGAAAUAUCUAAUAUAUCGAGUCCAAAGCGAAAACCUGGGAUCUAUGCCUCGUCUUCAUGGAGAAUGUGACUACACGAUCAACACAAGGUAACUGGGGUCUUCUGGAGCCUGUGCAUCCAGGCUCAGUAACCUUUAACGAGAGUAUUCUAGCUCCACUUCGUAACAACUAUUUGUAUGAGGAAUCAAAAGAAUGUUUCACGUACAACUCUGCCCAUUUGAUCAACAAUGACGCUUUACAAAAAAGGUAUGCUGCCUUUCGGUCCGAGAAACGGGAAAAAGGUUAUUCUGAACAGGAACUUGAAGAGACAUUUGGCUUCCUGUUGCUUGAUGAUGCAAACAGGGCAAGGAAAGUUGGUGAAAAAGGCUUGUUGGUUGGAAAAGCAAAAUGCACUACUCUUGGAGACCCGUUGAAAGGUGUCUAUAUCUCAAAAUACUCAGACUGUCUUGACCUGAAGCGCUGGUACGAUGGCAAGACUGGCUACAUUGUCCUUUUGAAGCUGACCAAGGGGAGAGUGAAAGAAGUUACAGACAACUACACCCAGAAUUUUACUCCUCCAACACCUGGCUUUGACUGCCAUGUAUCAGAUCAGCUUGGUGCUGUGUCUUCAACUACUAGUUCUUUCUUGGCUUAUGAGCGAACACAGUACUAUAUGUAUGAACUCCGUGAUGGAAGCAGUAAAGCAGAAUCAUGUCCAAGACAUGCUUGUCCAUUUGCCAUCGUGGCAUUUUCAUAUGGGAAGAUGAGUACCACGUCAGAGUUGGAGCAAAAGAGCCAAGACAAAACAGUAUUUCAUUACCAACCAUGGAUUGGCCAAUUCAAGAUUGAAUCCACUGUCUAUGAUGUUGGUCUUCAGUCUGCGAGUGGAGCCUGGUUCCCAGCAAAACUGCCAAAGACAGUUCAAAUUGACCAUGCAAUUGGUGUGUCUGAACUGAAGAGGACCUUGCCGCGGGAAAUCUUUGAAACUUGCAUUGUGGGUGAAGUUUGCAUAGAUGGCAGAUGUUUCAACUUGUAUGAUGUUGUCUCCUCUAAGGCAAAAAAUGAUCUUGCUCAGAUAGCCCACGAGCUAAAGGAAAAAGACAUGGCUCUUGUUAUACCACUGGAAGAUUCUGGUUUCCUUAUACUGUUACAUUCUUCACACCUCUUCUCUUAUGAAGAUGCAAAGUCGGGUAAGGCAGCUGCACUUCAAGGCAUGUUUAUAUUCCCAGACUCAAGAACUGUGCCAAGAGAUGCCAAGUCGGACCUGACAAAUACUAAAGUGUCAUCAGAAAUAAUGCAAGUCAUUCCAGCACUCAACUAUGCAGAAACAGAGAUGGGAAAAUGUCCUCCAAACCAGCAGGGGUGCUCUAAAAGUUCUUUAGAGAAGUGUUUGCAAGAAUAUGGCACUCUUUUUCACCCAGGACUGUUGGAUGUUCCCACAAGGGAAGCCAGUAUGUUUCCAGACCAAUUUGAUGUGCCUGGUGGUUUUACUCUGAUAUCACCUAAAUGGUCACAGGAGACUGGCACUCGGUUAAAAUCCUAUUUUGAUGAGCCUUGUGGCUUUACAAUUCCAGUAGUGAGAGCACUGGAGUUACUCACUACUGGUCGACAGCAGCGUGGUGAUGAUCAUGACGAUGAUGUCUAUUAUUGUAUAUCAUCACCUGAGGAGGUCCCACAGACUGAUGCCCCUGUUGAAAGUGAGACCUCUCACAGGACUGUUGAAAAAGUUGAGAACCAAAAAGAUGCAAACAAGCAUUUGUCUACAGAGCAGCCUCAACCUGCUUUGCCAGAUGGCCUUGGAAAACUUGGAACAGCUGUAGUUACAGUAGCUGACAGUGUGUUGGAGGAUCCAACUUCCACAGUGUCACCCAAAUUGGGUGAUGUCCCUACAGAGAAUUGUGUAAGUAUUGACACUGAUGUUGAUAAAACAUCUCAAGGGAGUACUAAAGGAGAUGCUGAUGGAGUCUGUGUAGAUUUAUCCACAAAAGAGUCUCCCAUCCACACAAGCAGUACACCAUUAAUCACAUCAACAGAAGAAGGUGGUACUGCUGGGAGGAUGGAGGAUAAUAUACAUCCUGAGAAAACAAUGGCUGAUCCUGCCAAGAAAGUAAAUCGGAGGUCCUUUUCAAGGCGUAAAGGUAGGAAGCGCAAAAUUCAUUGGAGAACCAUGAAGAUCAAAAAAGGAGUUAAAAAAAAGGUUGAUUUACCAACCUCAAGUUUGCCUCUCGUUUUGCCAGUGAACUCCACAGAUGACUCUACAAAAGAGCAGACUCAGUCUGAGACCAUGCAUGCUGAUGACAUCAAUCAGAGGCCACAUUCAACUAGAAGGGGCAAGGGGCGCAGGCAAAGGAGAGUGAAUCGAAAUCUGAGUGAAGCCAAACAAACACAAGAACCUUUAAGUGUGUCAACAGAAACUAUACAUGAUCAAAGUAUAAAAAAUGAAACGAGUCCUUCAAAAAGAGACUGGCGGUCUCUUCCAAGGCGUAAAAGAUUAUGGAAUACUGAUGCCAGUCUGAAGCGUUCUUUGAGAUCAGCUGCUGCAAAGAUUGAUGAGACUAUAGUGAACGCACAGGCUGAUACCACAAAACAAAGUUUGUCUAGCGCACCCAAGAGGAAGAUGGAAGGAUUUAGCUUGAGGGAACGAUAUGGUCUAAAAACCAUAAUCACAACCUGUGGCAGAGUUUUUGUCCCGCAUGGUUCAGAUGUUGAUGUACAAUCUGCAAACAAGAGACAAAGUGAGAAAAUGCAUGUUGAGAUGAGCAUGGACACAAAUGCAGAAACAAUUUCUCCUGUGGAAAACAAAUCCACAGAAAUAGUGGAAAGUAAGGGAGAAUCUCCCUCGAUGGUGAUGGAAGAAUUACCCUGUAAAAAUCCAGUGGGCAGUGAUGGCGAAGACUUGUCGCACAGUCCUUCAAGUGAAAUGCCAAGUGCUCUCUUGUCAGCAUUAAAUAUAUUGAGAAAACUUCAAAAAAACAACCCAUUAGAAAUUGACAAAAGUAAGGAUUUAUGUUCAGAAAAGUCCAUGGAUGCUACAUCAAAUGAGAAUGUAGGCUUCCAACAAACUAACAAAGAUCAUCCUGUUACUGUUCAAACAGAUGCAACUUCCAGUCCUCCCAGAGAAUCUGACCAAUCCAUGCUCUCGGACCCUAAAGUAUCCUCCCUUGACAAAAUCAAAAAGAAAACAAAACAUAGUGUGUACAGUGCAAUAUCUAUAAGCAAGUUAAAGACUGUACUCAGAAGGGGAAAGAGGGCGAAAUCUCCUUCCCCUGGUAAUGGUGCAAAAUCUGAGCCAGAUAAGGCAGAGCCAGAAUCAAAAAUAAGAAAAUUGGACACCGUUGUGGAUCUGAAAUGUGAUAUUAUCAAGAAUGAGUCGAAAGACAAAGGAUCACAGCCCAUGAAUGAUAAGGAACAACAUGCGCCAACGAAACCUGUGGAGAUAACCAAACAACCUGUGUCUUGGAGAGGUCUUAUUCACAAGGCCUCAAAAGAAAAUGGGUCCCUCAAUUUUGACACAUCAGCACCUUUUGAAAUAGCUAAACACACUGACCAGCAGCUCAUAUCAUCGCUUGGGGAUAGGGUAGGAAGGAGAAGAAUUAGCGUUGAUGGCAAAGCCAGCGCAGAGAGUGUGAGCAUGGGUGCAUCUCUGCCCUCAGAUGCAUUGAGUUUACUGGCUGACUUGGCCCUCGGUUCAAGUAAUGAUAAAGUGUUAUCGAACUUAGAAGCCAAACCUGGACAGGAGGCUAGCGGCUCCCCACAGUCAGUCCUUCAUGCUCUUCUUCGUUGUCCAUCCACCAGAUUUAAAUUACCCCCCAGGUCUCCUUUCCCAGAAGGUCUUUUAGUGACUGGGGAACUGAUUUUGGAAAUAUCAAAAGAGCAUUCUUACUCACAGCCCACCUCUCUGCUGUCAGGUUUGUCAGGUCCACCCCCCCAGGUUUCUUCUCCAUCUGGAUGUGUAGAUUCACCUCUGUCAUUGAAGACUGGGCUUCAUCUGAACCUACCCAAAGAUGGAGCAGCCUCCUGUCAUCAAGAGGAAGGAGGCAAAACAGAAUGGAAGCAUCUGAUUUCUGCAGAUAAGCCAAUGUCAUCGAUUCCCAAGACAAAAGCGCGGAAAUCAAGAUUUUUACGAAACAGACGCAUAAUUGAAAAGGAGGGAAAGAUCCAAGUGAUAAGGAUUUGGGAAGAAGAUUAUGAUUUUAAAUUUGACAGCAAAUUCACCAAUGACAGUAUAGACAAAACUGUCACACGAGCACUUCAUGGGAAAUGGAACUUCAGCAUUGAAGACACCUUUGAGGAUGUCCAUAUCAUUUUUCACAUGUGGAUUGGUCUUUUCUAUAGUAAACACACUUCCAGGUUAUUUCAUCUUGAAAAUAGUACUGCACUUCCAAAGGGGAAGGACGUUGAAAAGGUUCAUCUGGACAUUAACGCCAUUCAAAAUGCUGUGUCAUUGCUCAAUGUUGAGUUGAGCUCGAAAGAGGACUCGUCUAGGUCUGUGCCUCUUUCAACAGAGGUUUUGGAUCUUUCUGUGAAAAAUGGCGAGCCUGUGAAUCUCUGUUCAAUCUCAAAUCAAAGCAGAAUAAAAGACACUGCAUCACAUCCUGGUGGAAUAUCACCAACUUGUAAGCAUGAAACGGCACCAAGCCAUUCACCUUCUGGGAGAAGUCUCUCCCUUAAUCCAAAAGUUACAACAAUGAUGAGUUAUAGAUCUACUGUGGACAUACCAGUGGAAAAUUCAGUGCCUGACAGUGACACUGAAACUGAUGAUGAAAAUGAAAUCACCACUGACUGCUCAUAUUCUCAGCUCUUGGAAAGAAAUAGUGCAUACAACCAGUUGUGUGAGCAAGCAUCAAAUAUGAGAAUAGGUAUUCGGUUACUACUGCCAAAGGUCAGAAAUGUUACAAAUACUGAAGCAUCCACAAGAGUGCCCACUGUUGAUCUGAAAAAGAUUGGUGUGUUCCAUCAAGUACUUAGUCCCGUAAAACCGUCAGCAUUCUCAAAACCACAUCGUCUGAUUUUGGGUAGGAAAAGUUUUGAUCUGAGUUUAAAAAAUGAAACUGGCCAUGUAGAACAUGCAGUACUGCAAAAGGAGAAUGUUUCUGUCAAUGCAGAAAGUAAAGAGAUUUCGAAAACAAAUAGAAGCAAAGAUAAGUGCCCAGAAGCAGUGGUUGAUGGAAAUGUUGACGAUACCGGACACGGAGCAUCCAUUUCGGUACAGGAAAAGAGUGUAUCUGUAAGUGAAGAAAGUAAAGAGGUCUCAGAUGAAGAUAGCCAAGAUGGAUGUCUUACAAUUAUGGAAGAUGGAAAUGUUGAGGAAAACAUGACUUCUAAAUCACCUAGCCAAGAACAGAGUAGUAUUGCUGAGCAUAAAUGCUCUACUCAUGCAAAGGAAGAUCUUAAACCUUUAGAAGAUCUCAAAGGUCACGCCAACAAGGUAGAUGAUCUGAGAGAUGCUUCACUACAUGAGGCUAGUGUUGAAGAGCAUAACGAGACUUCUAAUGCAAAAAAAGAACUUCAGCCUUUACUAGAUGACACAAAUCUAGUUGAGCAUGCUGAUGUGCUAAGCGAUAUUUCAUCAGAUGGGACUAGAGUUGAAGAGUAUAAUGAGACUUCUAAUGCAAAGGAAGAUCUUAAACCUGUGCAUGACCUGAAAGAUCAACCAAAAAUGGUUGAUGAGCUGAGAGACGCCACAUCGGAUGAGACUAGUGUUGAAGAGCACAUUGAGACUUCUCAUGCAAAAAAAGAACUGAAACCUUUACUAGAUGACACAAAUCUAGUUGACCAUUUUGAUAAGCUGAGCGAUACUUCAUCAGAUGAAACAAGAGUUGUAGAGAAUGAGACAUCUAAUGCGAAAGAUCUUAAGCCCGUGCAUGACCUGAAAGAACACACAGCUGAUGAGCUAAUAGAUGCUACAUCAGAUGAGACUAAAGUUGAAAAGUGUAAUGAGAUUUCUAGUGCAAAAGAAGAGCAUGAUCCGAAAGAUCAGUUAAACUUGAUUGAUGCAUCAUCCAAUGCGAAUGAAGGGAAUGACACUAAAGAGCCUGUGGAAGAAGAUGAAGGUUAUACAGGUGAGGAACUGAUGCAAGAAGGUGAAAGUAAGUCAAAGGAAUGGAAUAACCUGGAUGGAGGUGAUACUGAACAUGAGACGUCCAUAGUGAUGGUGGACCGCCUAGAUGAGAUUGUUUCGGGUCUAAAGGAUGAUAUAAACAGUGUUGAUAUGGAAUUCAGUGAUGAUGAUGAUGAUGAUGAUGAUGACGAUGAUGAUGUGAAGACACAAAAGAGUGAAACACAACCUCAGACACCAGAGGAGGCAUACCUUGAAGAUUAUGCCCUUGAAUUAAGCAGUGAUUCAUGCUCUGAUGAUGAGCCCAUGUCUGUGCAAGAGAAACACACCCCUGUUUCUGAUAUUGAUACUUUGGAAGGAAUGCAAGAUGAGAUUGAAACCAAGACCCUUCAGCAGAGUUUAGUGGUCCAACAAGAAGCUCUUGAAGUAUGUCAGAAUGAGUUAAAACCAGCAAGUACUGUUGAACCCACCAAAUUAGAUAUUAGUAAAUCAGAAAAAGACGAUGAAAGAGAUUUAGGCCAACAGGAUACAUCUAAAGUCAGUGCUGAGGUUGAUACACUUGUUGAUGAGGAGACAAAAAGUCAAGGCUCUUGUGAAGAUGAAGUCAUCAAAACAUACCAAGAAUGUGCUUUGCCUCCCAAUAUCCUGACUGACUCUCGUAAUGAAAUGGUUGCUCCUCAUGCUCUGACAGUUGACAAACCCUCAGAAGUGGAGGUAAACAGCAUGUGCUCUACUCCUACGCAAGAUGAAAUGGCGUGUUUUUCAGAAGUACACGAAGACCUUUACUUUCCUCACAACACUGUUCGUGUUGACAUGUUGCCACCUAAAAAUUCUGUAACUCCCCACACCCAAGUUUCUACCACAAAGCCAUUCUCUGACUUUAUAGGACAUAAUGAAGAAACCCACAAUGAUGAACUAAGGUGGAAGAGGAACAAAUACCCGGGGACAAUGGAUUUCAAAGAUGAAUCUGCAUUAACUAUUAAGUGUUCACCCAGUGAGGACCCUUUCCAGUUAAGGCAAAACAAACUCUGUCCCACCUCCCAACAAAAAGAUGACGAGAACAGUAACUUCAUAGAGGCUGCAACUCAAAACGACUCUGAACUAUUUUACAGAGAAGACAAUGUAGACGAUUUGCAUGGAUAUUACCAGGGAUCUGAUGAAGGUUUACAGUGGCCUGAUUACCAAACAGAGAAACCAGUUGAUCACCAAUUGUAUCCAUGUGAAAUCGAAUUUAGUGGGGACAAUGAUCAACCCAUUUGUUCCAAGUAUAUUACAUCUGAACACGAGUAUUCCUACAGGCACAAAAAGCGUGCAAAGAAAGAGUUGGAUAACUAUUGUUGGGAAGAAAAGAAAUAUAAAUUAGAUCCUCUGUCAGUUACUUUUACUGCUGGAUAUACCAGGGAACAAAGUCCAAAAAAGAAAUCUAGAAAGAGCAAAUUCACAGUCUCCCGCCAAAUUUCUGCGUGGGAUGAGGAAGGCAUUGUAGACUACAGCAUCCAAAAAACGUCAUGCUUUGAAACUUGUUUAAAGCCGACUAGGGAGGUCACUGUUAGUUCCCUUCCACAUGUUAAGACAAGCAAACAGCAGUUUGACUGGAGCAGGUAUUUCAAAAGGGAGGCGGCUUCCAGUCAGCUAUUAGAUGUGAGUGAGAGGGAUGACAAAUUUGACAUUCCACCCUCAUCUAUUGUCACCAUUUUGGACCGAAAAGGAAACCGGGUAACAUUCAGUAACUCUCCCACCAUGAAACCAUCUUUCAUUGGACUUGAAAACUCUUUAAAUGACUGGCAGGAACAACAAAGUAUGGCUGAUGUGACCCGGUCUGCAGUUGAUCUCGAGUACCUUAUCUUCUCUAAAAAAAUGAAUCAGGUUCUCAAAGAGAAUAAGAAAGUCAGAGCUCAGAACUCAUCCAGUACCACAUCACACUGUUGGUCAAAUCCUAACCAGGCUACAUGUCCCAUGACAAUUCAGUUUUCAAAUCUCAGUGAAGUUGAGAACUCUGUUGAACUUAGUAAAGCACAGUCAUCAAUUACUGAUUUUAAGAUUAAAGUGGACAUGUCUGACAAGAGAGAGAUGAUGGAGCCUGCAAGAAACCGCAAACCACACCUUCAAAGACUUUUCUUUGAAAAAGGCAACGAGGUUGAGUUCGCCGGGAUUUCGGAAAUAACAAAGCAAUGCGCUGUUGCAUACAAGUCCAUGAUGAAUGAUGUCUGCAGCAGGAAGACUCUCCCUCGUCCAGUUGAGGCAAGUGGAAAGGGCAUCAAGAGGAAGUACAAUCGAGAGAGCGUUGGCCAACAUCCUGGAUUCUGUGGUCGGAUCAAGAAGGACACUUUCAACAAUCCUCAUGACAAUCUAAAGUCAUUUGUGCGGCAAGCUUCCAAGACUAAGUACAGGUUCUUUAUCCUUGUCACAUCAACAGAUACCUUCUUUGAAGAAACCAAGCACCUGUUGGAGAUUGAAGGCCACAUACCGGUUGAGCCAAACGAGUUUAACCUUAGCGACGAUUGUCAGUCACCUCUUCUUAUUAUACUGAGGAAUGAGGACAUUGCAGAGCACAUAUGUGAGGUGCCUUGUUUGCUGGAAUUAAAGAAGUCGCCCAACGUCCUGUUUGCUGGCAUCGACCGACCCGAUGACGUGGUGAACCUCGCUCACCAAGAGCUUUUUGAAAAAGGAGGCUUUAUAGUGUGUGAUGAAUUGGCUCUUGACACACUUACUCUAGAUGACAUGAAGAAAGUUGUGGGGAUUCUGGAGGAGUUAGACAAACAAGGGAAAUGGAAAUGGUUUCUGCACUAUAGAGACAGUCGCAGGCUUCGGGAAAGUGCAAGGUCCAGUCCUGAGGGCAGUAAGAAGCAGCAGUUUAUCGAUUUCUGUCAGAAAGCUGGCAUAGUCGAGGUCUUGCCCUAUCAUGAAUGUGAUGUCAUAUCACGGGACCGACCGGAUUACCUCUUCUGUUUGACUCGUCUCCAGAUCCAAAACGCAUCCGUACGGUUUCCUGUGUUUAUUACCGACACGCCUACUGAAUCUUUUGGAACAAAUGGGAUUUUAACCAUGAACAUUUACACAUUCUCACGGAUUCUUUCAAAUGAUACUUGUUCUGUGUCAUAAAUGUGUUUUUUGUUUUGUUUUUUUAUCAAAAUCCAAUUUCUUACCAUUGGUAAGUACCUUUGUUCAUAAUUAAUUUAUUCUUUAUCGUAAAUGUUAAAGCAUAUAUCUUUGUUAUUCAUAUGUAAUUGCUUACAAUUUAUAAGCUUUCCAGCGAGAACUUUACCGUUUAUAACACAGUAAAAAUGUACAAAUGUAGGUCAUGAAAAUGUUUUAGUGUGUUUUAACCUGACUGUUUUUUAUCUAUGAAAUUGACUGAAACUCUAAUAAAUGAGCUGAUUUAG